AUUAAUUUAUUAUCAGCUAGAUGAAAAUAAUACCUAGCGUAGCUCUGUUGAACCAUCGACGUCAGAAUGGAUAAGCGCUAUAAAUCACAUCACAUAAAUUAAGGAUAAUAGAUUUUAUGAAAGAUAUGGUUAAAAAUGGGACCAAAGAAUGUGGUGCAUCAGAUUUUCUUGGUGAUAUGGCAUCAGAAUUUAUUCAAAAAGCAACUGUUGCGAGUGAGCAAUAUGAAAAUACUGAACCCUUUCAAUUGUUUAAAUCUAAUGAAGGCAUAUAUUCCACGACUACUACUCUCUUAGAUGAUUCUGGCAUCGAUAUUAGAUCUAUGGCUGGAGAAACUACUAAUAAAUUGCUAGGAGGAGAAUCUCUAGGUGAUCUUACAUCUGGAAUUAUUAAAUAUGCACUUAGAAGAGUAUUAAAGAAAGCAACACGUCAACUGCAGGGUUUGUUCCCUGAUCAGCCCAAUUACGGAGGGGUAGAUCUACCUAGGCCGUUAGUGAAACUACCAAUAGUUUCGGCCUCCAACGACCAAACCUUUCAACAAAUCAAGCAACAAUGUUUAGAAAGGGGAGUCCUCUGGGAGGACCCUGAUUUUUCCGCUAACGAUUCCUCCAUGUUCUUUAGCGAGGCAACAUCCAACUUGUUCUUCAGCAAGAUAGCACCUGACAGCUUUCAAUGGAAACGACCUAAGGAUAUAUGUCCUAAUCCUAAAUUGAUUGUCCAAGGAGCUUCAAGAUUCGACGUAAUACAAGGAGAAUUGGGAAAUUGUUGGUUGUUAGCGGCCGUCGCUUGCCUGUCCCUGAAUCCUAAGUUGAUUCAACUAAUCGUUCCUACCGAUCAAGACUUUGCCCCGGGCGAUUAUGCUGGAAUAUUCCAUUUCAGGAUUUGGCAGUACGGAAGAUGGAUUGAUGUAAUAGUCGAUGAUCGACUACCAACAGCUGACGGACGCUUAGUUUUUAUGCACUCGGCAGACAACACCGAAUUCUGGAGCGCCCUCCUGGAAAAAGCUUAUGCCAAAGUAUAUGGCUCGUACGAGGCUUUGGAAGGUGGGAGUACUGCAGAAGCUAUGGAAGAUUUUACAGGCGGUAUAGCGGAACAUUACGAUUUAAAAGAAGUUCCCAAGAAUAUAUUCUCCAUCCUGUAUAAAGCUAAUCAGAGGUCUUCUCUUAUGGCUUGUUUUAUUCAACCCGAUCCGCAUAUCAAGUUCGCUGAAUUAUCAAAUGGAUUGAUAAAGGGGCACGCAUACAGUAUCACCGAUGUUAAAAGGAUCGUAACCAAGCAAGGUAAAGUGUGCUUGUUAAGGAUGAGAAAUCCUUGGGGCAAUGAGGCUGAAUGGAAUGGACCUUGGAGCGACAAAUCUUCAGAAUGGCAUUAUACUUCGGCUGAAGAGAGGCAACGACUUGGUUUAGUGUUCAAGGCCGACGGGGAAUUUUGGAUAUCCUUGAAAGACUUUAUGAGUAAUUUCGAAAAGAUAGAAAUUUGUCAUUUAUCGCCCGAAGCUUAUGAGGCAAUUUGGUCUGACACCCCUAAUUCUAACGUCAAUGCUGCAUAUAAAAAGUGGGAAGUUAAUCUUCAUAACGAUUCUUGGGUCAAAGGAGCUAACGCGGGGGGCUGUAGAAAUUUCUUAGACACAUAUUGGCUCAAUCCUCAAUACGGCCUGACUCUCAAGAUAGCUGAUGAUGGGGAAGAUGAAAAUUUGUGCACUUGCAUAGUCGGGCUCAUGCAGAAAAACCGAAGGCAACAACGCAAAAUAGGGGCCGACUUUUUAAGGAUAGGAUUCGCAAUAUAUAGGGUUAAAUCUCCUCAAGACACCGUAGAACCCCUUCCAGAACAGUUUUUCGUGUUCAAUCAGAGCGUUGCUCGCCCGCCAACUUUUAUUAACCUGCGGGAAAUAACCGGAAGAUACAAAUUGCCGGCCGGCUCAUACGUUAUAAUUCCAUCCACCUUCGAGCCGAACCAGGCUGCCGAAUUUAUUCUGAGAAUCUUUAGCGAAAAACCCUUCGACGGAAAUGAAUUGGAUGAAGAAACUAGCUUUGAUCCGCUGAUGUCUGAAAAGAUUCCAGAACAAGAGGUCCAAAUUGAGCAAGAUCAAGAUAAAAUAAUGAAAGAUUAUUUCGAUAAGAUAGCUGGAGAAGAUUUGGAAAUUACUCCCUAUGAGCUGCAAGAUAUUCUUAAUUUUGCCAUGAAAAAUGAUUCAAAUGAGGGCUUUUCUCUCGAGACAACCAGAAGCAUGGUCGCUAUGAUGGACUACGACAAAUCUGGCCAAUUGGGUUUAUCAGAAUUUAUGGAUUUAUGGGAAUCUAUCAAAUUAUGGAAAGCUAUUUUCAAACAAUUCGAUCGCGACAAUUUGGGAAUCCUUAACUCUUACGAACUUAAGGGCGCCUUUCAUUCCGCCGGUUACAAAUUAAAUUCUAACGUGUUUAAAUCGAUGGUUUUGAGGUACAGAAACAAGGAAAAUCAAAUCUCCUUCAAUGAUUUUAUCGUUUGUGCUAUCAAGCUUAAAGGCAUGAUCGAAAAGUUUAGAGCUUAUGGCACGAAAGAUGGAUUGGCAGAAUUCGAUUUAGAUGAAUGGUGCCAUACUACUUUGUACUCUUAAAGAAUCUAAUGAAAGACACAAACCACAACAAAUAUUCUCCUAUAUAAGAAAAAUUUUCUUGCAUUAUUUCUAUUUGUUAAUGAAUAUGUUAUGAAACCUUACAUUAGAUUCAUAUAUACUAUCUCCUAAUCGCGAAUAAUACAACUAAUUAAUAAAUACUAGUCGCAUAUUUAUAUUAUAGUAUAUUAUACAUUAUUUUAUUCUUAUUUAAUUGUGCCAAUCAUGAAUAAGACUUUGUAACAUA